CCGAAUCCCCAAAUGGACAAAAGGAAAGAGAGUGUAGCGACGACCAGCGGUCUUCUUCUUCUUCGUCCACUGCAGUCUGCAACUCAGAAAUUGGCUAUAAAUUCGGCCUUAUCGGCGACCUCCGAGCUCACAACAAUGGCUUCUCUCAGGAUUUCAUUCGUCUUGAAGCUCUUCUUCUUCGCAUUGCUUCUCAUCGCCUCUAGGGUUUCUGCGAGUACUCCUUCCAUUCACAAACGCCCUCGCAUUCGUAAACUGGGUAUGGAGUAUAGAAGUGUUGGGAAGGCUGUGUUGAGAGCAAAGGCAGCAAGUUAUGAUUUCCCAUGGAAGGGUGGUUACAACCCUCCAAACAACAACCCUUGAUACGAUUUUCCGCACUAUUUUCUCUACUUUUGUGGGUUAAUGAGUAUUGAAUUAUUAUCAUGUUACUCUUCUACUUUAUUUUCUCAAUGUUCACUUGCCAAAUUGUGUUGUAAUCGGGUAUUAAAUUUUUAUCCAUAUGUCGACAUUUUCAUUGA